GUCGGAUCCUGGUUGGGAGGCCAUGUUGCGUACCACUCCGCGUGUCCGUGUCCUGCCUGCGAAGAUGUUGGAAAUAGCAUACGGGGAAAGAUCUUUUGCUUUGAUUUUUAAUCUUCAAGGAACACCUUGUUCCAGAUUAAAGAAUCGCGAGAGCUGAUGGAAGAGGAAUCCCUUCUUAAAUUCAACCAGUUUCGCCUCUAUUGAGCGAUUUCUUCUUAGCAGACAGAAUUCUUAGCAAGCUUGCAUGGCGUCUACCUGCCUCUGCUCGCCACGUCUCCCGGCUACGACUACGCCCUGAGCCCCCUCCUCGUCAGAGUCACGCCUUCUGGGUUGUCUGCUGACCCCAUUUGGGUUUGCUGCUUAUACUUAGCUCCACCUCAUGGCCACGCCCCCGAGGCAUUCUUCACCUCCAGCCUUCUGGGUUUGCUGUUCGUCUUCCUCUUGGCCCUGGCCACGCCUUGUGCCCCCUCCUCUCCCAAGCCACAUCCAGGUUUUCCUAUUUCCAGUUCCAUCCGCUAGCCAAGCCAGUCAGGCCUAGUCAGUCUCUAGUCUUGACCUCUAAACGGUCGUCAGCCCGCGCCCGUCCAGUCCCGGGGCCUCAGGCACUUUCCUAGGAAAGUAGGGAUUCUCAGCCGGCCUCUGAAAGUCGCGCCGGUUUGGCCAGUCCGACCACCCCAGCGCUGUCCAGGGAACGCGGCCUCGCCGCCACCGGAAGCGGAAGCGCGCGACAGCCGGACCAUGGCGACGCUGUUUGACCUCCCAGACUUGGUGCUCUUGGAGAUCUUCUCUUACCUCCCUGUCCGGGACCGGAUCCGCAUCUCCAGGGUCUGUCACCGCUGGAAGAAGCUAGUGGAUGACCGGUGGCUAUGGCGACACGUCGACCUGACGCUCUACACGAUGCGGCCGAAAGUCAUGUGGCACCUCCUGCGCCGGUACAUGGCGUCCCGGCUCCACUNGUUGCGCAUGGGCGGCUACCUGUUUUCUGGCUCUCAGGCCCCACAGCUGUCCCCCGCCUUGAUGCGGGCCCUGGGUCAGAAAUGCCCCAAUCUGAAGCGUCUGUGCCUGCACGUGGCUGACCUGAGCAUGGUGCCUAUCACCAGUCUCCCUAGUACACUGAGGACCCUGGAGCUGCACAGCUGCGAAAUCUCCAUGAUCUGGUUGCAGAAAGAGCAGGACCCCACGGUGCUGCCUCUGCUGGAAUGCAUCGUGCUGGACCGAGUGCCGGCCUUCCGUGAUGAGCAUCUUCAGGGCCUUACCCGCUUCAGAGCCCUGCGCUCGCUGGUGCUGGGCGGCACCUACCGGGUCACUGAGACCGGGCUAGAUGCCAGCCUGCAGGAGCUUAGCUACCUGCAAAGGCUUGAGGUGCUGGGGUGCACCCUGUCAGCUGACAGCACCCUGCUGGCCAUCAGCCGCCACCUUCGAGAUGUGCGCAAGAUUCGGCUGACCGUUGGGGGCCUCUCAGCCCAGGGCCUGGUCUUCCUGGAGGGAAUGCCUGUCCUGGAGAGUUUGUGCUUCCAGGGUCCCCUUAUCACCCCAGAAAUGCCCACACCUGCUCAGAUUGUGUCCUCCUGCCUCACCAUGCCUAAGCUCAGAGUGCUUGAGGUGCAAGGGCUGGGCUGGGAGGGUCAGGAAGCAGAGAAAAUCCUGUGCAAGGGCCUGCCCCACUGCAUAGUUAUUGUUAGGGCUUGUCCCAAAGAAUCCAUGGAUUGGUGGAUGUGAGGGCAUCACCCAUCCAUCUCUGGAACCUAACCUAGCUUGGAGAGUGACCUUACAAACAAACUGAAGCAUGUAAAUUCAUCAGGCACGAGGGAACUGGAAGUGUCAAGGAAAGGAAGCUAGGACCUUGGGGCUUCCUGAGCUGGGGUUAUCUGUAAUCUGGCUCACCUCAGACUGGUCAUCAAGCCUUUGGAAGGCUGCGUUCACACAUUUAGGAAUAGGCAUCAUAGCUACCUCAUGAUUCAUUUUAAAAUCUUUUAACACCCCCUCCCCCUCUUUCUUUUUCAGUACCUGGGACUCAAACCCAUGGCCUUAGGUCUGGUAGAGAAGCACUGCUGUGCUGCUGAGCCACCCCAGAGACCUUAGAGAGGGCUCAUUUUCAAGUGCAGGUGUGUGGGGUUCAGGGCUCCGAGGUUGGCCUGCUUUUCUACAUACAUGGUUGAGAGGCAUGGAGGGCAGGGGAGCAUGCUGUUGGAUUGUCCUAGUUUUCUAGAAGGUUCUCAGUCAUAUUUACUGUAUUUUGUAUCCUGCCUUUUUCAAGUUUUCUACAGCAUAUAUUUUACUAUUAAAAAUAAUGUUUUCCAAA